CAUAUUCAUAUCAGUCAUAUUAUUCACUCAAUCGCAGUAAUGUCGCCCAGUCAGGUUUUGUUGAUCUCAGUGCUAUUGGGUCUAAAUAGUUAUCAUGUAUUUGGCCAAACCACCAUCGAUUGUCAAAGACCGCCGCAACUUGUGGAUCCUUCACUUUGCUGCAGGGAUGGAGGUCGUGACCAGGUGUCAGAGCAGUGUGCACAGCGGAUUCUAGGAGCAGCAAGUGGACAGAAGCCAGGAGGUCCGCCAUCACUUGACACGGCAGCAUGCCUUGCCGAGUGCAUUCUCACUUCCUCCAAGUACAUUGAGGAGCCCCAAAAACUGAGCUUGGCCAACAUACGCAGUGAUCUCUCGGCCAAGUUCUCCAACGACAGCGUCUAUGUGGAAGCAAUGACGAUGGCCUACUCCAAGUGUGAGCCCCAAUCUCAGCGCAGAUUGGCAAUGAUCCUGCAGCAACAGCAACAGCAACUGCAGCAGCAACAGUCCCUGAAGCAACAGCCUCAGCAGCAACAACCGAGAUGCAGUCCCUUCUCCGCCAUCGUCCUCGGAUGCACCUAUAUGGAAUACUUCAAGAACUGUCCGGAUCAUCGGUGGACGCAAAAUGCCCAGUGUGCUCUGGCAAAAGCCUAUGUUACGCAGUGCGGCCUGGGUGCUUAACUUUCCGUUUCAUUCCAGUCGGAGCUUGUAUAUACUGUAGCACUAAGUAAUUAAAUACAAAUCUUUAAAAUUUCUUUAUAUUUUCAUAUAUAUAUGUGACAGUAGUAAUUACAUUGCAUUUUUGUUCUUAUAAAACAUUAGAAUAUAUUAUUAUUAUAUUA